AGCGUGGUCUAAUGGUGGCGGGGUGUCUUGAGCGAGAGGUAUAAAAGGACCGACAACCUCCUUCACGGCACAGUUCUUGCUGAAACACCCCAGCAUGAAGGUCUUGGUAGCAGCACUCGCCCUCGUGGCCACACUUGCAGUGACUGGGAACGCUGAGCCCCUCCCGGAAGCUGACCCGGGUUUCCAUAGAGGAUUUGGGAGCUUCGGGGGCAGAUCCCAUGGUGGAUUUGGUGGCUAUGGAGGCUAUGGUGGCUACCGCGGCAAAAGAAGCGCUGAAGCCGAAGCUCUGGCUGACCCCGAGGCUGAUCCCAGUGCUGGUCAUCUAAGCUAUGGAGGUUACGGUGGUUAUGGUGGCUUCCAAGGAAUUAGCCGCCAGCACCACUAUGGCAAAAGGAGCGCUGACGCAGACCCCGAACCUGGCUUUUGUCGCUAUGGCGGCUUUGGAGGGCACACCGAUAUACAGUUGAUGGAAUUUCUAAAAAUUGCGUUAUCGUCCGUAUCCUCCAUAUCUUCUGAAGCCACCAAAGCCACCAGGUUGCCCUCCAAAGCCGCCAUAACGACUAAAGUCAGGUUCGGGGUCUGCGUCAGCGCUUCUUUUGCCAUGGUGGUGGUGGUGCUGGCCAAUUCCUUGGAAGCCACCAUAAACACCGUAGCCACCAUACCUUACAUGACCACCACUGGGAUCAGCCUCAGGCUCAGCCAAAGCUUCGGCUUCGGGUUGAGGAUUUGCCUCGGCGUUUCUCUUGCCACGGUAGGCACCAUGACCACCAUAACCACCAUAUCCUCCAUGGGAUCUGCCGCUGAAGCCUCCAAAUCCUCCAUGGGAUCUGCCACCGAAGCCUCUAAAUCCACUAUGGUAGCAGCACUCGCCCUCGUGGCCACACUUGCAGUGACUGGGAACGCUGAGCCCCUCCCGGAAGCUGACCCGGGUUUCCAUAGAGGAUUUGGGAGCUUCGGCGGCAGAUCCCAUGGUGGAUUUGGUGGCUAUGGAGGCUAUGGUCCCUACCGGGGCAAGAGAAGCGCCGAUGCCGAAGCUCUGGCUGACCCCGAGGCUGAUCCCAGUGCUGGUCAUCUAAGCUAUGGAGGUUACGGUGGUUAUGGUGGCUUCCAAGGAAUUAGCCGCCAGCACCACUAUGGCAAAAGGAGCGCUGACGCAGACCCCGAACCUGACUUUAGUCGCUAUGGCGGCUUUCGAGGGCACAGUGGUGGCUUUGGUGGCUUCAGUGGGUAUGGGAGAUAUGGACGUUAACGUGACUUUUUAUUAAGAUUUCCACUUUCCGUUUUCAAGUCCUGUAAAUUCUGAUUCAUAUGCAACUAAUAAUCUUGAAUAAAAUUUGAAAUUCUCCGAA